GUUUCGUGUGACAGCUGUGAAUCAUUGCCAACACUAAUUUUAGCUCCGUUACGUAUGUUUCCGUUAAUUUUUUAGUUACAUAAACAAAAUUGUCUCCCGGGGGGCGAAAUACCACCGUUUUUGUGCUAUACCAACGUUUUAUCGUGGCAGCAACCCCGGAAAAUUCCAAGGACUUUGCUCGGGUUGGUUGCAAUGCAACGUUGCUGCCUCGAAUAAAAUAAAUCAAAGUGACUUUGCUAUCUGUCAACUGUCAUCGUUUGAAAAUUUAGAAAAAUGUCUGAAGAUGGGUUUUCCGACGGUUUUGACGAACCUAACAUGGAAAUACAGAUCGACACUCUUAUGGGGACUUCGUUCGACAUGCGUGUCUCCGCCACCGACACCAUCAGAGAGAUCAAGCAGAGAAUUCAACGAGUCGAAGGUAUUCCGAUCCACCAACAGAACCUCAUAUUCCAAUCCAAGGAAUUGAAGGACUCCCGUCGUUUGUGUGAUGCAGGCAUCAAAAAUGGUUCGAUAAUAAAACUAGUGAUAGCAAUGAAAGGCGGCCCGAUUUCCACCCGCCGCUUAUCAGUCAGUUGCGAACACCACGUGAUGUUAAAAGAACUGAAAGAACUCUUGGAAAACACCAGGGAUGAAAUCGGCGAUAAACUCGCCCCCGGCUCAAAAGUAUCAGUUUUAGUGUUCAAAGAAGGCGACAUUUUGAAUUUACUUCGAGUGAUUGAAAACGAAGACGGUUCGUAUUCACCCUACAGCGAGAAACCUAUAUCGCCCCCCAACAAACCGCGAAAGGAAUCGCAGAUGGCCAUGUUCGAGAAACUGGUCGAAGACACCGAUAUGAUGACGAAAAUCUCAAAUUUGAGAAAGAAAAUGGAAGAUUUGAGUCUUCGACGACAGUCACGAAACACCAAACACAAAGAUGAAGAGAAGAAUGUUUCCUAUAAACUCCUCACCGAGUGUUCAAACGAUUUAUUGGACGUCGAUUUGAAAAUUUUUGAGAAGAAUCUAGAAGAAGAGAGCCAAUCCGAGACUGAGGAAGUAGCUUUAAAAGACAAGCACCGAAUCAAAGCCCGAAAAUCGGUCUAUAGCGAAAACAAGGGCGCUUUCUCGCAUACAAAGCAAAACUAUGCCCGAAUUCACAAGAAAACGAGAGAAUUGCGGGGCGAAGGCACGAGCAAAGAUGGCGACUUGUGUGUCCCACUCGCCGUUCCGAAAAACACCGUGCGUUUGACUCGACUUGUCCUCUCGGAGGGCGUCGAAAGGCCGAAAAGUACCGACAGUAUCGAAUUGGAGGAAAAUGCCCAAGACUUGUGGGAGAUACACGAGCCGGCGACCGAGAGACUCAAACACAGCGCGACUUGCAAGUUUGGGCUUUUGAAACGGAGGCAAAGUCUCGAUUAUGGAUUUGAGGGGAUAGACAACGCUCCCAAACAGGAGUAUAACUACGGGGAGGUGUGUUCGGGGAAUUUCUUCCAUGUGCCCCAAUUUGUGAGUUCGCCGAGUGCUAUUCCCCCGCAAUAUGCCCCCAAAGAGCAGGAUUUGUACUACUUUCGGAAGAACAACCGGUCUCCGCUUUACGGGAGGAAGAAUGAAGAGAGUUUUCUCGAGUGUUCGAGUAUACAACGGUUGAAGAACGACGAGAAGAGUCUGAGUGAGAGUUUGCUCUCGGGUCACGAUGAGAGUAUAGAUGAACUUUACGGUUAUUACAAUUUAGGAUGUGCGAUAGGCGAAUCGAAGGUUUCGAAGAAGAAGGAAAUAGAAUUGCCACCUGUGAUAAAGAAGAAGUCUAGGUGUAGCGAAUGUAAUAAGCGGUUGAAUAUAACGAACAUUUAUGAUUGUCGAUGCGGGAAGAUCUUUUGUUCACAGCAUAGGUAUUCCGAGGUGCACCGAUGCAGCUACGACUAUAAAACAGAAGGAAGGAGGAUUUUAGAACAUCAGAAUCCGCUAGUUACUGCCGACAAGAUUAACCGAAUCUAAACGAGUGCCUGGAUUUAUUUUAUUUUUCUUUUUCUUCAAACAUGCUGUAUUGUCGAUAUCAAAUAUACCGUUUACCAUUUUUUGCUUAUUUGAGUGUUGUAUAUUGGAUUUCCGAGGUUAGGGAUUUUUGUUAUAAUUCAGCACAAGUCAGCUUUAAUAACAAUUUAGUGGAUUGUGCGAUUAUAUCACUCUUUAUAUUUUGUAAUCUUGAUUGUUUAUUUUAUGGUCUAACUUAGAAUGAUAUUCAGUUUUAUUAUCGAAAACGUUCAAAUGUUCCUAAAGUAAUGUUUGGACCGUCCUAAAAAAUUAAUAAGACAAAACAAAAAAAUUCAUUGUAUACUUUGUGAUUAUACUGUGUUAAUAUUUUUAAUCGAUGUAAAUAUGUUAUGUAAAAUAUAACCCCACUCCAACUAA